CGAGCCCAGCAUGUCGGUCCUGCUUUAUAGUAAGCCUUCUCUAUCUCAUCGUGUCAUCUCUCUCUCCCUGUCUCUCUCUAAACCAGUUUUCAUUCUGGACAUCUCUCAAUCUGACCUAUACUCUCCAGCUAUCUAUUUAGCUCCCCUCUGAAUCUCUGUUCUAUCUGUGUUUUCUUAGGUUUCUUUUCUUUCUCAACAGUCUCUUCAUUCAAUGCAAACAUCUUUCACUGUGAGAAGAUCUUCUCUGUUUUCCCCUGUUCACAAUCUUUCUCUGUUUCUAUUUCUCUCCUUCUACCUCUCCCUUCUUUCCAAUAAAUUGUUAGGGUUCUGUGUCUUUUAAAACUAGCAACUGCUCUCAAAAUCACCUUCUGGGUCUGUUUUAGAGAGACUGUAGGCACCAUGGAUCCCAGCCAAAAGGAAACAGCUUCUGAAGAAAUGGGCGAGAUCAGGAGAUGUUGUGCUGAUUGCAAGACCACUAAGACGCCCCUCUGGAGGGGUGGCCCAGCUGGGCCCAAGUCGCUCUGUAAUGCUUGUGGGAUAAGAUAUAGGAAGAGGAGAAGCGCUAUGUUGGCUUUGAACAAAGGGCUAGAGAAGAGGAAGGAAAAACCAACCGCCAGCCCCCCCGCCGCCGCAGCCGCCGCCGGCAACAAGGCGGGCGGUGGCAAUUUGGGCGAGGAUUUGAGGGAAAGAUUGGUGGCUUUGGGGAAUGAAAUGGUGAAGUUGCAGAGGCAGAGGUCUCCAAUGAAGAGGCAGAGGAAGCUGGGAGAAGAAGAGCAAGCUGCUUUCUUGUUGAUGUCUCUAUCUUGCGGCUCGGUUUUUGCUUAAGACAAAAUACUACUUCUUGGUUAGGUUGUUUUGCUGUAAGCUUUGAUGGGUUUUUCAAGGAAGACAGAAAUUGAAAAGCCCAUGUUCGAAUGUACAUAUUUUAGGCGUAGAGAGGUGGGGAAGUGAUAGUUGCAUACUUGCAGUUGCAGUGUAGAUGAACGGAUCGGAUGAACCCCUAUCAAAUCCUGUUCUUAUUGAUGUUGUAAUGGCGAGAGGGAAUGUGGGUGGGAUGGAAAUUCCUCGUUCAUGUUUUAAUGAAUCAGGAAUCAGGGAUUGGAGAAGUCAUCUUUACAAGUUUAAUAUGCAAAAUCAAUUUGGUCUGAAGUAGAGCUUUUUUGCUUGGGUGACGGGGGAAGCGGAUUUUGUUCUGUUCGUCCCUUUUCUGACAAGGAAGCAAGCAUGUUAUGAUUUGCAGUCUAGGAUAUAAAUAAAAAAAUGUGCCCCCCCUGUAGCAAUAGCAAUAGCAAUAGCAAUAGCAAUAGCAAUAGGAAGGGAGGCUUUUUAUAAACGCUCUUUAGCGCUGUAAAUUUUAAACUAGCGGGUUGUUUUCUGUCUCUCUUCUUGGCAGUGGCACUUGUGAUGGAAAUGAAUAGAGAAGAUAUGUCAAUUCUUAUUAGUA